GGCCGUUCAGAACCGCGGCGCCCGGCAGCCGGAUGUGCCCCCUGCAGGCCGGGCCAUCACCGAUCCCGGGCAGGGGUGCCACCUCCAGGAUUGUCCGGGAGUCUCCCGGAAUGGAAGAUGAGUCUUCAAUUAAGGAUUCUGUCCUGUGAUGAAACCUCCAGGAAUCCCUCCAACCAACAUGGGGAAACCCUAAUCCCGUGGCAAGGUCCUGAAGUUUAUAGAAUAUCUUUUGUAUUUCCAAAUAAUGACAAAUAUGAUGGUGAGUGUAUAAGAACACCUGAUGGUGCUCUUGAGAGGCAUGGAGGUGGAGUUCAUACCACCCCUAAUGGAAUUACUUACACAGGAAACUGGAAAAACGAUAAGAUGAAUGGCAUUGGAAGGCUUGAACAUCCUUCAGGGGCAGUUUAUGAAGGCGAGUUCAAGGACAACAUGUUUCAUGGACUAGGAACGUAUUCAUUUCCAAAUGGAGCAAAGUACAUUGGAAAUUUCAAUGAAAACAAGCUGGAAGGUGAAGGAGAAUUUAUAGAUACACAAGGCCUGGAAUGGAGUGGCACAUUUCAUUACACAGCAGCACCAGGACUGAAGCUUAAGCUGGAAAUGUAACUAUUUUGCACUAAAGGUAACAUGUAUUAAAUACUGUUCUUGUGCUGCAUUUUGACUUAAUAGUUGUAACCAAGGUUUACAAUAGCAACUGAUGUCUUAACGUAUUUAUUAGAAAUAAUUUCCCAGGCUACAGACUGUAAAUAAAAUUAACCAAACUAAACAUUCCAUUGUUUUUCUUUUCAUUAUGAAGUUCCAUUUUAUGGAUGUCUAACAAAUGAUGUGAAACAAU